AUGUUGAAGAAUUUGUCCGCAAUGUCGGGAUUCUCCAACGAAGUCUACCUCGGAAUCUACUGUCUCGUGAUACUUUUGGAGUUGGCGUGCGCCACAGUCAACGGAAUUAUUAUCGCGUUUUUUGCAAAGUCUGUUUUUUUAAAUUUAUUUAGAAGACUACAAUAUCAGCUCCUGAAAAUUGCUUCCAGAGUCCCGGGACUUUACAAAAACAAACAUUUGAAACUGGUGUACUUUCUGUCGAUCGGCGAUUUUUUGACGGCCGUCUGUGAAGCGCCCUAUAUCAUUUAUAUGAUAUGCAAUUGGAAUCCGACUCUGUUGGACUUUGACCCACUCGUCAUUCUGAUAUCAUCGAUCCCUUUGCCGAUGCAACUCAAAGUGUCGGCCACGAUUACGGUGGCGAUUGCGUUGAAUCGAAACAUUGUAAGUUUUGCAGUUUUUCAUGGGUUUCGCAAGUGUUUUUUUUCCACUUUUCGUUGCACUUUAUUAGAAUCAGCGUAACUUUUAUUAUCAAUAGCUGACAUUUGUUGCCACCUUUGAACUUGACAAUAGCGAAAACCCGCAACGCUUUUACGUCAGAACAUCCAAGAACUACAGUAUUCCAAUAAGUGAUCGAACGCCAAUGUCAACAAUUUUGAAGCCGACAAUAUCGAUCGAUUAAAAAUUGCACACUUCAGGCCAUAUUCUUCCCUGCCGCGUUCCGUCGAAUCGAGCACGGCCUCUACUCGAACAUCGUGCUCGCCGUCGCGCUUUCUCUCGCCUUUUUCGACGCGUUCCUCUGGUUUCUGCUGUCGCCGCCGACGCGAAUGCCAAACUGCGCGACGAGCGGAUGUUUCGUCAGCGAUCGCUUCCGCUACUAUUGGGGAAUUUCGAAUAUGGCACGUUUCGGGCGGAACACUACACUAUUAACGCUCCUUUUUGUCUUCUCUUCAGAUUCUCGGAUUCAUAGUGAUUGUUUUGUCGAUCAGCAUCUUUUUCAAAAUCAAAGCGGUCCAAACGAGGAGCGGCAGCGUUGGUGCGCAGCAGAAUCAUAGCAAAUUUAUGCAGGUUCUCCCACACUUUCUCUAGAGCUUUUGUGCCAAUAAUUGUGUUGCAGGCGAACCGAACAUCGACCGGAAUCCUCAUCUCCUCGCUCUUUUUCCUCACAAUUCCCAGCGUGUGCGUCGGCGUCGUCGAACUGCUCGGAUUCUCGAUUUUCCGACUCUUCGGACCGUUCUACUCGGCGUCUUUGUUGUCCAGCGGUUGGUUGACGGCAGAGUUGAGCGGAAGAACUCAACGGAAGAACACGGAAGAAUUUUUAUCUUUUUUAGAAAAUUUUUUCAUGAAAUGUGAUCAACUGACAAAAUGUAUAGCAAAGUGAACUCUGCUCCUAGAAAAAUAAUUGUAAAUUUAGCUUUUCAUACAAAAAAGUUAUUCGAGUUGUUGCGUGAAAAUGUCCUUCCGUCUUCCGUUAGCCCUUUUUUCACGGAACAAAUCGAAUAACUUUUUUGUAUAAAAAGCUAAAUUUACAAUUAUUUUUUUAUGAGUAGAGUACACUUUGCUAUACAUUUCGUCAGUUGAUCACAUUCCAUGAAAAAAUUUUCUAAAAAAGAUAAAAAUUCUUCCGUGUUCUUCCGUUGAGUUCUUCCGCUCAACUCUGGUUGACGGCCACGAGACUCGGGGUUUUUCGCAUUUUUGACAUUACAAAUCGAACAGAGUAGCCGUUUCGCAACCCGAGAAGCGUUUGGUUGCGAAACGUCUGCUUUAGAGAGCCAUGGGAUCACUCUGACGUAUUUUCAUGCGUGCCCCGGUGGUCUUUGGUGAUCACAUUUGCUCUUACUUUGUUACUUUUAACACAUCACGUUUCAACUCGAAAACCAGGCAACACACACGGAUUAUAGUAAUUGAAAAGCGUGCGCAUAAAGUUUGUUAGACCACGCCCCCAAUUACAGACGAAUAGAAUUUGAGAUCUUUAGGCAUCUGCAACGGCAUCAUCUUCAUCGGCUGCAACGGAGACGCGCGUCGAUUGAUGCGAAAAAAGUCGCGGGUGCACUCUUCUUCGCAAGGCGCCCCGAUCUCUGUGGUCCAGUCCGUGUGGUCCAAAUCGUGA